AAGCCCCGUGCCUGCAUCCUCAUCCUGGCCAGGAACAGCGACCUGCACGGCGUGCUGAGCAGCGUGGGCCAGCUGGAGCGGCGCUUCAACGCGGCGCCACACGCGCGCUACCCCUACUGCUACCUAAAUGACCGGCCCUUCUCUCUUAAGUUCCGCGCCGCGGUGACGGCGGCCACUGCCGCGCCCUGCUUCUUUGGGCUGGUGCCGCAAGAGCACUGGAGCUACCCGCCCCACAUCAACGUCAGCCGCGCCGCGGAGCUGCGGCAGGCGGCACGGCGCCGAAUGCCCUACGGCGGCAGCGAGAGUUACCGUUUCAUGUGCAGAUACUUCAGCGGCUUCUUCUUCGACCACCCGCUGCUGGAGGGGUUUGACUGGUACUGGCGGGUGGAGCCCGAUGUGCACUUCAUGUGCAACCUGCCGGGCCGCGAGCGAGACCCCUUCCGACACAUGCAGGCCAGCAACCAGAGCCUGGCGUGGACCAUCGUGAUGGACGAGGUUCCGUCCACCAUCCCCAGCCUGUGGCCCGAGGUGCAGCAGUGGCUGGCAGACAACCCGCAGCACGCCACGCAGCAGCAGCGGCAGCGGGUGCUGGCGUCGCCCUACGGGCGCAGCCGCUUCACGGGGUGCCACUUCUGGAGCAACUUUGAGGUGGGGCGCCUGUCCUUCUUCCGCAGCAAGGCCUACCGCUCCUUCUUUGCACACCUGGACGCCGGCACCGGCUUCUUUUACGAGCGGUGGGGCGAUGCGCCGGUGCACACGCUGGCGGCGGCGGCACUGUUGCACCGCGACCAAAUCCACUUUGCCCGCGACAUUGGGUACAAGCAC